UCUAUUACUUAGAAAAACUUCUAAAGUCAGUCACAAGAAACAGAAAAUAUUUUUUUUGGUUAGAAAAGGCCGAGCCCGAUAAUACUAGUUAAAUGGCGAAUCCCAUGGUAUUUAUUGUCACUAGUUUCGUAAUAAUUACGUGCUUCUUCGUCACAUGCCUUGGCUCCGGUUUCAAUCACGAGGAAAGAAAAUUCAAGGCGAUCCUGGCGAUGUUCAUAAUGGUGGUGGUAUUUCAGUUCCUGGUUUUCGAUCCAUUACGAUUUUUGGUAAUUGCCAUUGACGCGGCCUGCUGGCCACGUCUGCAACGCCCGCCCGUUCCGGACACGACUGCGAAGAAGCACACCCGCAUGGACUAUCUGAAUCUGCGGCUACGCAGCUUGCGCAGUCAGCUAUUGAUCACGGAGCGACAUCGCGACGAGGAGCUGAACCUCAAGUACAGGACAAUUGUCCGCGAGCUCUGGGUGUACGGAAAGGUCUUUAUUAUCAAUCUAUUUAUCAAUGUGGCGCUGGACGACUACAAGUACCACAACUGGGACACCAUCACGACCCUAAUGAAUUAUGGUCACCGCAAAUCGAUGGGCCUAAAUCACGUGCUAUUUAUACAUCAACUGUAUCCCUUCAUUGAGCACACGCUGAUCAAUGGCUUCUUGUCAAAUGAUCCUCAUCGUCUCAACUCGCACUGGCACCAUAUAAAUAGCACUAAGCUCCUGGGCGUAAUACGACUACGGCAGCUGCGGGACACCGGAGAACAAUUCGGCUUAGGUGAACCGCGAUACACCAAUGAGGAUUAUUCCGAGGGCUGGAUUCUACCUUAUGUACGCGAACCCUACACCGACAAGUACUGGUCCAUCUAUCUACCUUGGCUGCCAAUGUCGCAAGUUUAUAAUUUUUGGGAGAAAAUAGUCAUUAACCUCAAGCAGUACGGAUUCUAUACAAGCUAUCCCGAGCUGAAGGGCUACAUAGUUACGCUGCGGAAUACGAAGUGGGAAAGCCAUAAGGUGCUCAGAUAUCUGACCGAAAAAAAUUGGCUCGACGACAAGACCGCAGCUGUAUUCAUCGACUUCACGCUGUACAAUACGGAUGCGGAUCUGUUCAGUAUUUGCAGUAUACGGGUGGAGAACAUGCCCUUUGGCACUAUCCGGAGCAGCGUGGAUGUCAAUACUGUGUCCAUGACGAUGACGACGGAGACCCUUCCAUGGCAUAUCUUCAUAUUUUUCAUUGCCUAUGUGAUUAUAUGGAUGCAGCUCGGAACGGCAGUGAUUGUGCCCUUGUGGUUCGAGCCCAAGCGAAUCAAGUUGUUCUGGGUGAAAAUUGACCUGGCGAUCCUAUUACUCAGCAUGAUAGUUGUGGCGUUGAUGAUUUUGAAGACAAACAUUGUCGUCACUCUAAUGCAUACACUAGAGGUGUCCAGCACGCAUGAUUUCAUUGACUUCCGUGUACCAGGGCGAAUCAACGAUUGGAACAGCAUUGCGACGGGCUUCCUAGUCUGCCUGAUCACAUUGCGUCUGUGGAAGGUGAUGCAGUUUUCCAGCAUCUUUCAGGUCUUUACGAUGACCCUGUCCUUGGCUUCGAGUGCUCUCCUUAACACGGCCUGUGUAAUCUGCAUUUUCAUGAUGGGAAUCGGCAUUGCCCUGGUCUGCAUUAAUGGCAACAGCAGCAAUAGCUUCAGGAAUCUGCUUAGCGCAUUGGCCUCCAUCAUGUGCUUUUCCUUUGGCUUCACCGACAAUGUCGAGCCGAGGGAUCUCUUCCACGGCGGCGUAUGGCUGGGGAUUCUUAUCUACGGCAUAAUGGCCUUUACCAUCGCGGUCCGAGAUCGUAGCCGCACGGAUCAGAUCUCAUUCUUUGAAUUCCUGCUCGUCGAGUAUGCGGACGUUAUCAGGUUCAUACGGAAAACAUUAAGGCUGGAGCACAGUUACAAGCGCAAGAACCGCACCGUCGCCGAGAACAUCAAACACGAACUGGACCUUAGGGAUGCUGCUGCUGCUUCAGCUCGUGUCAAGAGAGGACGAAAACGACUUGAUAAACCCAAGGUGAUACAAGAGAUGGAAGACGACCAAUAUGAGCGCAAGGCGCAGGCCCAGCACAGGAUUCGCAUUGAAAGGACCUACACGAUAGCCGCCAUUCUACAGACGCAGAUGGAAAUCGCUGAGCGAACCCUCUUCGGCGAUCAGGAUGGAAAUAUCAGUGAUUCGGACGGUGAUGGAGAUUCCUGGCACGAGGAGGAUCUUCCCCGGCAAUAUAAAACAUAAAUAUUUAUGCGCAAAGUCUGGAAUAAGUUUUGAGUUGCUCUCAAAAGCCAAUGCAAUACCUGGAAUAACCUUCGCUACGUACCGUGUAUUUCGAUUUAAAUAAAAAUGGAACCUACUCCACCUCACUCUGCACAUCCGACUCGUCUUGAGUU